UGGUAAGUAGUAGACGAGAAGUUAAACUUGAUAUGAAAUUUCAAAUCCCUUGAAAAACGCGAAGCCUAUAUUAUGCGCAGUGCAGACUACAAUUUGAAGUUUAAGCGGCGAAAUGGAAACUCGAAGCCCUUUCCUUGUUGAAGACACUUUACCCCAAUUUUUCCGAACCCUAAAACCAGAAUCAUCUUCAAUUUCCGCCAAACUCAAAUCACCUACUGUAUCUAAACCUUCAAUUCAACCUUCUUCUUCGCGCGACAAAGCAAUGGCGGAGGAUCAUCGCCAACACGUAGUAAGUGAUAUUCUAAUUUUUGAUGAUCAUAUUCAUGUUAGUAGUGAAACUAAGAAUAAAGCUACUACUUCUAGAAAUGCUGUAAUUGAAUUGUUAGACGACGAUUAUGGCGAUAAUGCUGAUGAUGAUGAUUGUGUUUUUGUUAAGAGAGAGAAAAUUUCGAAUCCUAGUAAAGGGAAUCAUAAGAAAGACCCUAUUUAUGUUGAGGAAUUUAUUAAAAGAGAGAGAAAAUUCGAUGGAAGUCGUAAAUUGGGCAAGAAUUGUGCAAUUGAAAUUGAUGAUGAUUCUAUACAAUGUGUGGAUGAUUAUGAUGAUGAUGAGAUUAGGGUUAUUACUGUGAGACCUUUUGCUAGUUCUUCGCAUUCUUCAAGAAAGAGGAGGAGUCUUUUUAGUGGUGGUUCGAGGACAGAGGUAGGUGAAUCUUCGGGGUCGAAACGAGAGGAGAUUAUUGAUGUGGUGGCUGAAAUUGAUCCCAUAGAAGAAGUGAUGUUUCUUUGUGAUAUAUGUGCAGACUCUAAGCCACAGAAAGAUUCUUUUAGGAUAAAGGGGUGUACUCAUUCGUAUUGCUCCGAAUGUAUGAAAACUUAUGUUGCUUCGAAGUUACAAGACGGUGUUUCUCAAAUUAAUUGCCCUGUUCCUAGUUGCUCUGGAAUAUUAGAGCCAGAGUAUUGCAGGGAGAUACUCCCAUUUGAGGUUUUUGCUAGGUGGGGUAAUCUUUUGUGCGAGUCUGUGAUACUUGCCUCACAGAAGUUCUAUUGUCCGUUUAAGGAUUGUUCGGCAUUGUUGGUGGAUGAUGGGAGCGAGAAGGUGACAAGAUCGGAGUGUCCUAGUUGCUUUAGAUUAUUUUGUGCACAAUGUAGGGUCGGGUGGCAUGAGGGCGUUGCGUGUUCUGAGUAUCAGUCUCUGGGUAAGGAUGAAAGAGAGAAGGAAGAUAUCAUGUUGAGGCAACUUGCUAAAAGUAAGAAAUGGCAAAGGUGUCCUAAGUGCAAGUACUAUGUGGAGAAAUCAGAAGGUUGCCUUUUCAUGAAAUGCAGGUGUGGAAUUGCUUUUUGCUACAGGUGUGGUGCCAUCAAUACAGACCAUCGGUUCCAUAACUGUAAAAAAUGUGGGCGUUAGUCUUCAAGUUUCAGUGGUUCUAUGUGGAGAGUUAGGUAGUUGCUUGUAAAGAAACAGGUCUGUUGCUGACCUUUUCUUACUAUAUGAUAUCGGCAUCGUAUAAUUAAUCAAUGUCCUGGCUGCCUUUUCAUUCAUUUCCUACUUAAUUUUCUUCUGACUUUAUAUUGGGUACAAUCUGACUUGCUUCUAUUCAGAAGAUAAAUUGAGAGACAGGUGGUUUCAAGAGCACAAUUGCACAAACAAUUUUAACGAAAAUAAUCGAAGAUGGUGGUCUAGCAGUAGAUUUUUUUUUGAAGGGGUUAUCGAUAGUUAGGUGCUAUUGUGGAACUAGUAGUAAACAAAGGUCAAGAGCUUUAUGUUGUUUCCUUUUUUCUAUCAUCUUGACGCUGUGUUUCUUAAAGCAGAAGUAAGAGGCAUGUGUAUUCAUCUUCCUUUGCCUGGCUGUUUGUGGUUUAUGUGCACGUAAACAAGCUAAGACCGCCCUGUCUCUUUAACCAUUAUUGAGUUCAAACAACUGAACUUGUGAACAUGACUACAUGAGUUUUCCUUGUUCAGAAUAUUGUAAACUACUUCAGAAUUCCUUACAACUUUUUUGAGCACUAGAACUUAUAGUCAUUUUUCUUCUUUUAUCUUGAAAAAAUUACUUGCAAAAUACCAGUGUAUCACCGUCUUGCAAAUAGAGUCUAUAUUCUUAUAGAAUUUUGUGAAUUUUUAUAACUUCCAGUCUGUAUACGUAUAGUUGCAGCUUCACUGUUCACAACUUCGCAGUACGUAAACGACAUUGGUAGGAUGUACCUUUUUCAAUAGACAGGCCUCAGGAAGAAGGAACUCUGAUGAAGCUGUGCAUGUCCAAAAUAUUGAUAAGAUGUUUUCAGAAAACUAUUGGUAGUAAAUAGUAAUGGGUCUUGUAAACUGAAAAAACAUUAGGAUUGCUUUUUCUCUCUUCUUUUACUACUUUGUUGCAGUAGUACUGGUCGUGGAAAGGAAGGGAGAAAGGGGGCAGAGAUUGAGGAUGGAGGGAGGGCUGUGAGGAAAUGAGUAGAAGAGACUCUGUUUUGCUAAAUCUAGGGAAGAGGGUCUCGGAGAAACCUGCUUUCCUACAUCAGUUCGUUGGUGUAAGAUAUCCGUACUUGGGAGUUGGAAGGUUUUUUGGGAUGUUGACUAGCUACUUCUUAGAUGUUAGAUUGGUGUUCUCUGUGGUGCCAGUUCUUUCAUUGGACUUCGCCUUCUUUGCCAAAGAGAUUCAAAGAAAUAUGUAAAUUGUAAUGUUCAGACUUAGGAAGAUCAAGAGUAUGAUCCAUAUCUAUAACAGUACAAACUGUCGAAUUCGAAGACAUAUUAAGGGAGUUCCUGGGCCAGUUUUUCUGUGAUCUCCCAUUCUUGACCAAAUUUAUAAUGUUGAACUGGGUGAUUGGCUGAUUGCUGUACCUUGGAGAGAAAUGGCUGGUUUACAAAAUCUAUGACUUGUGGCUUGCAAGUUGAUACAGCAAUUUGGCUUUUUAAAUUACAACCUUCGAGUAGAUUUUGUAGACUGACAUCACUUUUAGUUGGCUUAAUUUAUUUUUUUGGACAGGUAGUUGGCUAA